ACAGACAGAGUCGAUGUUGUGUUUUAGCGGAGAGUAAUAAACAACCAACUAUUAGAUAGAUAACUGCGGCCGUGUACACACUACACGCUGUCAAUGGUCAGCUGUGAGUGUGCCAAUCUCCCGAGCUGUCUGGGUCCACAAUCCGGAGAGAGAGGGCUGUUGCCUGGGAGAUGAGACUCCAGCACAGCAGUGGCUGGGGCCGCCGAGAGCUGGAUGUAAAAGGAUGAGUGUGAAGCAGUGUCUGGAGGGUCAGGUGUACUCUGUGCCUCUGAUACAGUCAGACCUGAGGAGGGAGGAGGCUGUUCACCAGAUAGCAGACACCCUGCUCUACCUAGAGACUAUCUCUACUGACAUCUUUACCAGGGUGUCUGAGAGUGUAGAGCGGAACCGCUGUCAGCUGCAGAGUGUGACAGAUCGAAUCAGGCUAGCCCAGGCCCGUGUCAACAAGAUCAAAGGCAGCAAGAAGGCCACCAAGGUGUUCUCCAGUGCUAAGUAUCCAGCUCCAGAGCGUCUCCAGGAUUACUCCUCCAUCUUCAGUGGAGCCACAGACCCUGCCUCCCAGACAAGCCCCCGAUACCGCAUACAGGCCAAACUACGACCCCUUGAUGACAAGGCCCUGCAGGAGAAGUUGUGUUAUUACCCGGUGUGUGUGAGCAGUAAGAAGCGUUCGGAGGAUGAGACCGAAGAGGGGCUGGGCGGUCUGCCUCGAAACAUAUCCUCUGUCAGCUCCCUGCUGCUCUUCAAUACUACAGAGAACCUGUAUAAGAAGUAUGUUUUCCUGGACCCCCUGGCUGGGGCGGUGACUAAAACACACACCACUCUGGAGACAGAGAAGGAAGAGAAACCAUUUGACGCUCCCCUAUCCAUAACCAAGAGAGAACAGCUGGAGAGACAGACAGCAGAGAGCUACUUCUAUGUUCCAGACCUGGGUCAGGUCCCAGAGAUAGAUGUCCCCUCCUACCUACCAGACCUGCCAGGCAUUGCUGACGACCUGUCCUACAGCCAAGACCUGGGGCCCGGCAUCGCACCCUCUGGACCCACACACACCUUCCCUGAACUACCCUCCUUCUCUGGGGAGGACAUGCCCGGUUCUCAAUUCCAAGUUGCAGUCCCGCCUCUUCCCCCACCUCCUCCUCCCCCACCAGAGCCCACACAUAUCCCCACCCCUCCCCCUGGUCUCCCCCCUCCUCCACCUCCUCCCCCACCUCCACCUGCAAAUAGCCCUGCAGACGCCAGCACAGCUCCUGUAGUGGGCGCUCCCAGCGAGGUGGUUGAAUCAAACAGCCGGGCCAGUCUACUAGAGUCCAUACGCAACGCUGGAGGCAUUGGCAAGGCCAAACUACGCAACAUCAAAGAACGCAAGAUGGAGAAAAAAAAACAGAAGGAGCAGGAACAAGUGGUAGCAGCAGCCAGUGGAGGAGACUUCAUGUCAGAUCUCUUCAAUAAGUUGGCCAUGCGAAGGAAAGGUAUCUCUGGUAAGGGUCCUGUAGGCGGAGACUCAGGGGAGGGCACAGCUGGCUCUGGCAGCGCAUUCGCUAGGAUGUCCGAUGUAAUCCCGCCUCUUCCUGCCCCCCAUCAGCCAACCGCUGAAGACGAGGACAACUGGGAGGCCUGAGACUAUCAGAACCAAUGGAACUCUGAGCACAUCUAGCUCUAAGCCAAUCAAAGAACAGAAUACUGAGGAAGAAAACUAACUUUUGUUGAUUUUUUUUUUUUAACCUUUAUUUAAGUAGGCAAGUCAGUUAAGAACAAAUUCUUAUUUACAAUGACGGCCUACCCCGGACCAAUUAUGCG